AUGGAGGUGGUGGUCAUGAUGGUGGCUAGCACUGUGGUUGUGGUAUUUGUCAUGAUAGUUAUGAGCACGGUGGUGGUGAUUGUCAUGAUGAUAAUGAGCACGGCGCAGGAUGGUGAUGGUUAUGAUGGUUAUGAGCACGUUGGUUGUGUUUGUGGUGGUGGUGAUGGUCAUGACUGUGAUAAGGUUGAUGGUGAUGGUGGUGGUCAUGAUGGUGAUAAGGAAGGUGAUAAGUACGGUGGUGGUGGUGGUCAUGAUGGUGAUGCGUACGGUCGUGGUGGUGGUCAUGAUGAUGAUAAGGACGAUGGUGGCUGUGCUCAUGAUGGUGAUAAGCACGGUGAUGAUAAUGGUGUUGGUGAUGGUAAUGGUGGUUGUUGUGAUAAUGUUAGUGGUGGUGAUGGUGUUGGUGAUAGUAACAAUGGUGGUUUUGCUCAUGAUGGUGAUAAAUACAAUGGUGGUGCUGCUCAUGCUGGGGUCAAGUGCGAUAGUGGGCGUGCCCAUGAUGACGAUAAGCACGGUGGUGGCGGUGGUGGUGGUGUAUGUGAUGGUUUUGGUGGUGGUGGUGGUGGUGGAUGUGGGGGUGGUGAUAAUGGUGGUGGUGUGCACGGUAGUGAUGGUGGUGGUGAUGGUGGUGGUGGUGGUUGCAAUGGUGAUUGUGGUGGAGAUGGUGUUGGUGGUGGGUAUGGUGAUGAUAAGUAUGGUGGUGGCUGUGGUCAUGAUGGUGAUAAGUACAAUGGUGGUGGUGCUCAUGAUAGUGAUACGUACGAUGUUGGAUUUGCUCACGAUAGUGAUAAGUACGAUGGUGGAUUUGCUCAGGAUGGUGAUAAGUACGAUGGUGAUAAGUACGAUGGUGGUCCUGCUCAUGCUGGUGAUAAGUACGAUGAUGGGCUUGUUUAUGAUAGUGAUAAUUACGGUAGUGGUGGUGGUCAUGUUGGUGAUAAGUAA